AUGGGAAGAUCCCCUUGUUGUGAUGAAAAUGGCCUCAAGAAAGGGCCCUGGACUCCAGAGGAAGAUCAAAUACUUGUUGAUUACAUCCAGAAACAUGGCCAUGGAAGUUGGAGAGCCCUCCCCAAACUAGCAGGUCUCAAUAGAUGUGGCAAGAGUUGCAGGCUAAGAUGGACCAAUUACUUGAGACCUGACAUCAAGAGAGGCAAAUUUUCUCAAGAAGAAGAGCAAACCAUCCUCCAUCUCCACUCUAUCCUUGGAAACAAAUGGUCUGCAAUUGCAACGCACCUACCCGGUAGGACAGAUAAUGAGAUAAAAAACUUCUGGAACACCCAUUUGAAGAAGAAGCUGAUUCAGAUGGGUAUUGAUCCAAUGACUCACCAACCAAGAACAGACCUCUUCGCUAGUUUGCCUCAGCUCAUAGCUCUGGCUAGUCUGAAAGAUCUAAUGGACCGUUAUAACCCAUUAGAUGAGCACGUAAGAUUACAAGCUGAAGCUGCUCAGCUUGCCAAGCUUCAAUACCUACAAUAUCUUCUUCAGCAGUCAACAGCUUCGCUAACCAGCAGUAAUGACAUUACAGAUCAACUGGAUGUUCUCGCCUUAUUGAAUUCAAUUCCUCAUACUAAAGAAGAAAAUAAUCCCCAUCCAACACUUUUAAAUUCACAAGAAAUAAAUAAUACUCCACCAGCUGCUUCUUUUUCGCUUGGACUUGGUGGCUCUCAACCACUCCACCAUCCAAGUCAAUUAUCUCACUUGCCAGACCCACCACCAGUCACUUUCAAUUUCCAAACGUCGUCGUUGAAUAUAAGUGAUGAUUAUCAGGUUUCCCAAAAUUCUGACUUCACUACUUUGGUCAGCCAAGCAGCUGAUCAUUAUAACCCACAACCUGAUUGUUCAUGGCUUAAUCUUCCAUCUCCCACUCCUCCUGUAAUCCCGCCAACUUUAACCGAGACGUCAUUAAGCAAUGCAGGAGGAGUGGCUGAGAGCAGUUUUGGAGGUGGAUCUCCGUAUAACUGGCCCGAAUUUGGUUCUGAGGACCCUGUUAUGCAUGGCAUCUCAUGA